UUGUUUUUGAAAUCGAAGUCGUUGUUUGUAACGAAUUUCUUUAUGAAACGAGUAAACAAAUAAAUGUAAAAUUCAUACAAAUUAAAUUUACUAAAUCAAUGGAUUUGUUGAUAAGUGUGUGUCAAAUUUAUUAAAUUAUGAACGGGAAUAUGGAAGCCACGUCAAAUAGCAUUAAGUUUGCGCCCAUGCCUAUGUCGGCAUUGCUGGCUAAUUUGAUGCCUUUACAAGCCCAGCCGGAUACUCCGGAUUCGAGUUUCACAACUGACGAUAGCGAUGAUUCCUUCAGAGAAAUAGCUACAUCGAAAACCCCUGUACUAAAGAAAAACAAGUCUUCAACACCGCAAUAUAAAACUACAAAAACCAUAAAAACUUUUACCUCUGAAAGAAAAACAACUAUGAAUUACCAUAAUAAAGAAAAUUGUAGCGUAAAUAAGAAUUCGCAACAGAUUUUAUUUACUAAAGAUAGAGAUGUUUUAUCAAACUCACAAAAACAUACACCUGCAUAUUCAAAAGAUCGAGACAUUAUAUCAAACGUACAAAAGCAGAUGACACCUGCAAAUCCAAAUUCGGAACUAAAAAAACGCAAUGUGCUAAUGCCACAACAAAAUAACUCCCAACUGCCUGUUAAACAAAGCAAUAAUUCAGUGCAAAAAAGAACUCCAGAGACGGUCAAAGCACCAAACAGUAAUGCAAAGUUGAAAACAGGUACGCCUAAAAUAAAAUCCGGUAUACGGAAGUUUACACCUGGUUCUGGAAGACAUAGUCAGAAGAAAACACCUUUGCCAACUGUACAACAGAAUAGAGAAAAAGUUAGAUGCGAAUUGUUCAGACAAAAUCAGCAAAAAGAAGAUAAACCAAUAUUAGACCCCAUACUCGCCUCAAACCCUGUGCCAGUUCCUGAGACGCCGUCAAACAGGCCUGUGCCUUCUUCAUACCCAGCCACUCCGUCUUAUCCUCAGGGCAUACCAGUGAAUAUACCAAACAACUCUAAAGUGUUAUUUAAAACUACUAGCAUAAAAGAUAAAAAAUACAUGUACAUUAAAAAACUGGGGACUGGUGGCUCCAGUGAAGUUUAUAAGGUCCUAGAAGUGGGGACGUCGUGUGAGUAUGCAGUGAAGUGUGUUUACCUUGCCACUGACCAGGAGUUAGUGCAGGGCUACGUCAAUGAAGUGAGACUUUUGAGAGACCUGCAAAACUCUGACCGUGUUAUACGCCUUUAUGAUUAUGAAUACGAUCGUCAGUACCAAAUACUACGCCUGGUUCUGGAGGUGGGGGAGACGGACCUGUCGUCGUUCAUGCGCGCGCGAGGAGCCGGCCUGCCGCCCGCGCUCGUGCUACACUAUUGGGAGGAGAUGUUGCACGCUGUCCACUAUAUACACGAACACGGCGUCAUCCACGCGGACCUGAAGCCGGCCAACUUCCUGCUGGUGUGCGGGCGACUGAAGCUCAUCGACUUCGGCAUCGCGUCGGCCGUCAGCGGCGACGCCACCAGCGUGGUGCGCGCGCAGGCCGCCGGCACCUACUCCUACAUCAGCCCCGAGGCGCUGGUGGGCGGCGCGGGCGGCUACGGCAGUAGCGCCAACAUCAAGAUCUCGUAUCGAUCGGACGUGUGGUCACUGGGCUGCAUCCUAUACAGCAUGGUGUAUGGCCGCACGCCGUUCGCACACAUCCCGAACCUCGCGAAGCUUACCGCCAUACUCGACCCCAACCACCGUAUCGACUACCAGCCCGUUGACCAUUUGCCGGCGUCUCUAGUUGCGUCAAUGAAGUGGUGUCUGACGUACAACGCGCGGUCCCGUCCGUCGGUACGCGAGCUACUGGCCGUCAAACAUCUACAGCCGCCCAGAGCGACGCUUCCGCAGCCAUUACUAGACCGGCUGAGGUCGCACGUGUCUCCCGAGGAGUUCAGAUUGUUGCAGCAGGCACAGAUAUAGACUGGAUGGUCAUCAGAAGGCUGGUUGAUGAUGUCACACUGCUGGGAACACGGCCCUGCUCAUAGGGAUGUGGACGUUUGUUUCAAGCUGCUACAAUGUAGGUUCGUAGGAAGUUCAGCUGUUGAAAUAGAAAGAUGUUCUUGAUAAAUUGUGAUUAUGAAGUGGCCUUGCUUUACCUAGCUGCUGUCCGCGUUUAUUACGGUUUUAUUUUUACAAAUCCCGUUCGCAACUGGGAUAAAAAGUAGCCUAUGAUACUCCUGCCUACCCGAUUGGUUUCUUAGAAAAGAAAUCACAAUCAAAAAAUAAACGAACACACUUUCUCAUAAAUAAUAUUAGUGAGGAUUAACGAAUUAUUUUCAUUACAAACUUUUCUUUUAUAAUUUGGCUUAAUUUUGGUAUAUAAACGAGAAAAAAAAUAUUUUUAAUAUUCAUACUGUUCUGUUACAUACAAGGUCAUGGUAAUUGUUCAUAAUUGUUUUUGUAUGAUCAACUGACAGACAUUAGGAACGCAUUUUUUCAGCGGUCGGAUUUUGUGUGUAACGUAGUGGCCAUGAUACAAAUUAGUUGCUGUUUAUGUAUGUCAAAUGGACUUCUCGUGGCCAGAACGUGACAAUUCCAAAUUCGAUCCGCCAAAGUAGUACAUACUCCGUUUUGCUUUACCAAAACGUUUUAUUGGUGUAAAUAUUGCUGUGGCAAGUCUAACCGCGAGCGGUUUUUCGAUUGUAAAUACAAAAGAGUAUAUAUUGCUCAGAUUAUUAACUGACGUCACUAAUUGUUUAGCUUUACUAACUGAAAAUAAACCUAUGCAAUAUUUUAAUUGACUUGAAUCAAAUUAUCUUAAGAAAGCAACAUUUUUGUACCACAUUAUUAGUAAAUUCCUCUCAAAACCGUUUUCUUACUAUUUGUAAAUAAGUUUAGUAGUUAUAUGGCUAAGGUAAGUAUUUAUAUGUAAAGGUAACCUUAAGAGUUAAUAAAAUUCUAUAUUGAAAAUGUAAUACACUCGUAUCUUAAAAUCCUAAUGCAUCACAGUCUGGCAAAGGUUAAAUCAACCUAUCUUGAUAUUUACUAGGAAAAAAAGUGGUAUUUUGCGCUAUAAACUGCUGUAUUUCUUAGUCUGUCUGUUUUGCAUUAUUUAAUAAUAAUAUAUAUAUUUGUAUUUCCUGCUUUUAUGAGGACUUUUUAAGAUAUGAGUUUAGAUCAAAUAGUGUUUAAAACUGCACAUAAUUAAAGAAACCCUCUAGUUAUGCAACAGUUUCAUAAUCAAAACGCAUCAAUAGGGAUAAAUGUAUUUAUUAAAAUGUUUAUUGAGUAAUACAAAAAAUAAAUAAAAUUUUAUAAAGUAAGCGAAUAAAUAACAUUUCUGUAAAUUGUAAAGCGAAGAAAACGACUUUAGCUUAAUUGUAUUAUUGUGAAAAUGUACUGAAAU